UAUUAUUCUUAUCCUUUCAAAGAAGUUAUGAACUGAAGCAGGCAGCGGGAUGUUCCAGGGCACAUUAUUCAUCCUCCCUGCUUGUUCAUGUGUCUCUUCUAGUCUCUUCCCUCAGUUUUUUCCAACCGCAACUUCCUCUCCGCCAUGCCACUUUCAACGGUUGCACUUGAGGCAACCAAAGAGGGGAACGCAGCUUUUAGUGUCAAGUACAAGUUAUGAAGUGGGUGGCGGCUACCCAGAAGAGGAAUUGGAUGUAGAAGACAGAAACAGGAGACCCCAACAACGAGGGAACCACCAGUUGGAUUCUUCACAACGUGAUGCUCUCCUCAAGGGAGGAGAACAGGUCAUCUCUGUUCUCCAGGAAAUGAUUACCCUUCUGGAAGACAUGAACAUGGAUGAAGCUUCUGAGAAAGUGGCAGUUGAGUUGGCUGCACAGGGAGUUAUUGGAAAGAGAGUUGAUGAGAUGGAAUCAAAUUUUAUGAUGGCUUUAGAUUACAUGAUCCAACUUGCUGAGAAUGACCAUGAUGAAAAGCGUAAGACAUUGUUGGAAGUGAUCAAGGAGACAGUGUUAUCACAUUUAACAAAGAAAUGUCCCCCACAUGUUCAAGUGAUUGGUCUUCUCUGUAGAACUCCUGAAAAAGAAAGCAGAUAUGAACUACUGCGACGAGUUGCAGCUGGUGGUGGGGUAUUUAAGGGCGAGAAUGAUGCUAAGAUUCAUAUCCCAAAGGCAAAUCUAAAUGACAUAGCUAAUCAAGCUGAUGACUUACUAGAGACCAUGGAAACUCGGCCCGUUGUACCUGAUCGAAAACUACUUGCAAGGCUUGUUUUGAUUAGAGAAGAAGCCCGAGAUAUGAUGGGAGGAGGGAUUUUGGAUGAAAGAAAUGACCGGGGUUUGUACACUCUUCCUCAGUCUGAGGUGAAUUUCUUAAGCAAAUUGGUGGCCAUAAAACCUGGGAAAACUGUGCUGGAUAUGAUAAGAAAUGUGAUGCUAGGAAAAGGUGAGGGGGCAGACAACGUUGAUGAGGAAGACGGUGCUGGGCAAAAGGCUUCAAGUGGAAUUGCUGGAGGGACAAGUGUGACAGGACGGAAACCUCUUCCAGUACGCCCAGGCAUGUUUCUUGAGACUGUCUCUAAGGUCUUGAGUGGAAUAUACGCUGGAACUGAAUCUGGCAUCACUGCACAGCAUCUAGAAUGGGUUCAUCAGAAGACACUCCAAGUACUUCAGGAGAUAGCAUUUAGCUAGCUCCCUUCCCUUUUUUAGUGGGAUGAUGUCCCAACCAAUUUUGUGCGCCAUUUCUGAAUUCUGAGCCUCAUGCUGCCAAAAGACCGGUGUUAGAUUGAAUAUAGUAUAGAAUAUAGCAUAAAACAUGGAAUAGGCUUUUAGGACCUCAUUAAAGAUAGUGCUGUAAAUUCUCUUGCAGAAGACUAUAUAGAUGAUUGGCAUUGAAAAGUUCUGGUUUUUACAUUUUUUUUAAAUAUAAGUAUCCUGUGUUUAGUAUUAUUGAAUCUAAUUUAAGAAUUAUUGAGUUUAAUUAGAAGUAGUUCUUUGAACGCAAUUUUUUUUCCCAUA